AUGAGCCCCUCAAGCAUCCCAACCAGCGCCGACCGCCGCUCCAACAACCGCCCCGCCAAGAAACGCGCCCUCAAUACCCCCAGCACCCAACAAUCCGCCCACCUCGACGCCCUCUUCGCCAACCCGGACCGCCAAAUCAACAUCCCCACCACCACCACCACCAGCACAUCCCUCACCAACAGACCCCUCCCCGUCCCCCCCGAAAUCGUAACAAACGUCCAAGGCUCCUCGGCCGGAGCCGGCAGCGGCGAGUUCCAUGUGUAUAAGGCUAGUCGACGACGGGAGUAUGAGAGGUUGAGAAGGAUGGACGAGGAGGUGGAGAGGGAGGAGGCGGAUAGGGAGUUCGACUUGAAAAGGGAGGAUGCGAGGCGGGUGGAGGAGGAGAAGUUGGGGAGGAAUCGGGCGAGGAGGGAGAAGAUGAAGGCGAGGAAGGUCAAGGCCAGGGGGAGGGUGGAAGGGGAUGGGGUAGAGGGUGAAGGGGUUAGGGAGGAUGUAGAUGAGUUCGAGAAGGGGAUGACUGGGGUGAAGAGGAAACUUGGGCCAAGGAAAGACGUAGGUGUUAACCCGAGUGCAACGGAGACAAUCAAUGGUGCCCGCGACGAGGGCGGAGUCCCAGCUGCUGCAGAGGAAAGCGGCGGUAUCACGAUCCACGAUGAUGAUUGA